AUGAAAACUGAAUGCAAUUUGUCAUUCAAAAGAGCAACAUUACGUUCUAGUGAACGAAACUCUGAAGAUAAACUUCGACAGCGCUUUGAAUGGGUAGAGCGCUGGACAUCAACUGAUAUGGACUAUCUUUCUAACUGUGUUUUUGUGGAUGAAAGUGGAUUUGACAUAAAUAUGCGUCCACCUUCAGCCUGGUCCACAGUUGGUACACCGGCAAUUGUGGAAAUCAAAUCGACCAAAGCAUCUUCCCAUACAAUAUUGGGUGCUAUCAGUGCAAUGGGGGUAGUAGACAUUGAGCUUAGAGUGGCAGAAAAGCCGAAACAACGUAGAAUUGACGGUGUUGGAAGAAAAAGAAAGCACACACCAAAUGUUAAAAAGUCAAAAGGCACCACAACCGGCCCCUAUUUAAAUUUUAUUCGAAAAACCCUAGAUGAAAUGGAUAAAAACCCUCUCAUGAACGGCUUUUAUAUUGUUAUGGACAAUGCACCUAUUCAUACACAUAGUGGUAUUGAACUGCAAAUUGAUUUCAACAAAAAACCGCGAUUUGAUUUUUGCGAAACCCGCAAACUGAGUAUUGAAAAAGCCGCACUUUGA